AUGGGUUAUAAUAUGCCUAAUGAAAGUAAGUAUGUUGAAUAUUUGAACUACUGGUUGAAAAAUGUAAUAACACUUGAAAAUGAUGAGAACUUUGCAAAGUUUUUUUAUGAAUCCUUGAUUAAAAUUUUUGAUGCGUUUCAACUAAAAAAAGAAUUAUUACAUAAAGUAGAUGACAUCGAUGACAAGGUUUUUAAUAAUAUGAAAACAUUAUAUAAUUUGUAUGAUAAUUAUAAUAAAAUAGAGAAUGAAAGAAUACAGUCUAAUGAUGUAAAAAGUAAAUGCGAGGAGUAUGUUAAUAAUUGUAAAACAAGCUACCUAGAAGGUAUCGAUAAAUAUCAGAAAAGUAAUGAUCAUGAUUUUUAUUUGGCGUUGAAAGAAUUUGAUGCACUGUAUAGAAAUGAAAAUAUUUCGAAAAACCUCUCAUUUUACGAAUAUUACAACACGUUAAACAACAGUAAUAACCUGAAUGGCUACACUGAUGAGUACUGCAGUAAGGUUGAAAGACUUAAAGAUAAAUAUCCAUGGAUUUGCAAACUCUGUAGACUAUUUUCCAAAAAUUUAAUAGAUAUAUCUAAACUAGAAGAUGAACAAAAGCGUAAGGAAAAGUGUUUUUAUUUCCAAUACUGGAUAUACGAUCAAAUUAGGAAGAAAUUAAGUGGCAAAAAUAACUAUGAACCUGAUGUUGUCCUUACCCUUCUUGACGUUGCUCUCAACAUUAACUUUAAUUUACGUAAUAAUCAUUGUACCAUGAUUUAUGAUUCCAGUAUUAGCAUGGAAGGGUGGAAGGAAAUGAAGGAGUUGCAUGAUUACUUUGAAGGAUAUGAUAAUAUCAAAAGUUAUAGGCCUUCAGAUGGGGAUGGUGAAAAGUUACUAUGUGAAUACCUUACGCAUAUAAAUGAGCUCUAUGAAAAGCACAUAAAAGAAUCAUGUGUGUGUAUUAGGAAGCCGAAUUUUUUUUGCUUGGAAAAAUUCCCCCAUUAUUUUAAAUGCGAUAAAAAGUAUUAUCCUAAUGCUCUCCUAUCCAGUUUUAAAUGUAAUAUGGAAGAAACUAGCCAAAGUGUAGAGUCCUUAUUUAAAUCUUUCACGCCCUUGGGAUCAAGGUUUCAAAGGAAAUCUCUAAAGAAAAAACAAUUUUUGUAUGCUGUUCAAGAGAGGGAUAGACACCAUUCAUUAGCGGAAGAUUCAGAAAGAGCUUAUGGGAACCCGUCUAGAAGAAGACUCCAGUUGGCUUAUCAGGCUGAGUGA